CGCCCUUUCUCCUGCCACACGCAAACACACGCACGCACACACAAGCUCGGCCAGGGACAGACAGCCCAAACUUAAGGUUUAGGCGUGUUGUGCACGUGAAGGUGAUGAGUGGUAAGGUGGAUAAGUGAUCAGUGUUUAUGAAAGGAUUAUCGAUGAGGCGGUAAAUGCAAAAAACAAGAGGCCUUGCCUUCCUGCCAUUAAUUAUUUAAAUCUUUCCGGUAAAGCGGUCGGGAUGCGAGAAAGACGCCACAGCGGCGCGGAUCGCCGCCUGUGAACCGGAGGAGAACCCGCCGAUGAUGUCCGCUGCUGGUGAGGUUCCUCCCCGAGCAGACGGAGGAUGAAGAAGGUGGACUAUAAUGAAGGUGAGUGGCAAAGGACUGUGCGUCGUCCUGUCCAGCAGCCUCCUCUUCGUGUGCGCGCUCAGCGAACUUGCUCUGGGAUUAAGAUGCGUCUCACUGGGUUCCUCAGUCAAAGAACAUUUCCACCUCGGCGCCGCGGCGGGAGCUUUCUACUCCGGGAUGCUGCUCGGAUCCGGGCAGGUUCUCCUGGGCGUCGCGCUGCUCUGCUGCACCGGGAAGCCGCGCAGCAGGAACUUGGUCCUCCUGGGUGUUGUGGUCUUCUUGUUGGGAGUCCUCGCCGCCUUCUCCGGUGCUGUGGUGGACGGGGACACCGCUUCUCUAGUGGAGAGGAAAUACACACACUACUGCUUCCACCCGGGACUGCUGAGCUCCGCCUGUGAGCAGCUGAGGGAGUACCAUCGGAGUCUGGUCAUCUCCACGGUUCUCAGCACGUUGGAGUGCCUCCUGGGGCUCCUCAACCUGCUGCUCAUCCAGCGCUACAAAGCGGCGCAGUUUUCCAGGAGCAGGCCGGGUCAGAGGCACAGCUCCGGGCCCAUCAUCUUCAGCGAGGAGCGGGACUGCUCCUCUGCGGAUUUCCAGCCGGUGUCUUACAUCAAUUUAGCUGUAUUGAACGUGUUUGAUGAGACUGGAGCUGAGGUGCAGCGCGGCGGACACCCGUCCAUCGAACUGCCGGGGUACUCGCCCGCAGACCCGGAGAUCAACCGCUGCUUCCCAUUCUCUUACCCGCUCCCCAGCGACCUGCCGCCGGCUUAUGAGGACAUCUUCCCGGCUGAGGUGUGCAACACAUAACCGCUGUGGAUGUGUGACACUCUUCAUCCUCCAUCACCAUCGAGGAAGGCGCCAGGUUCUUACACCUGCUAAUGUUGAACAAUCACACUCACAACACAAAUAAUAAGGCAAUCAUCUUCUAUAAAUCUGUGUUGGAAUAUUUACUGUUCAGAUUUAUACUUCAAUAAAAAGU